AUGGCUGAUUCAACUCAUUUAUUUGUAUUAAUUCAUGGAUUAUGGGGAUCUCCAAACCAUAUGCAAACAAUAGAGCGAUUUUUAAAAGAAUCAAUAGAUAAUUCAGUAACAAAUACAAAAAUUUCAACUUUACGUCCUGCUUGUUUUAGAUUUUGGAAAACUUAUGACGGAUUAGAAUUAAACAGUAAGAAAAUCAUAACUGAAAUAUUCUAUGAAAUAGAAUCAUUAAAACAGAAAAACAAUCUAAAUGUGACUAGAAUUAGUUUUAUUGGGUACUCACUUGGUGGAUUAUUAUCAAGAUAUGUCAUAGGGUUAUUAUAUGAGUUAGACUUUUUUAAAUCGGUUGAACCUGUGUUUUUUACAACUUUUGCUACUCCUCAUGUUGGAGUUCAUUUUUACAAUGAUAAUAUUUUCGAUAGUAUGGCUAAUUUUCUAGGUCCUUAUAUGUUUGGUAAAACGGGUGGUCAAUUAUUCAUAUCUGAUAAUGGUAAAAUCUUGUUAAACAUGGCUAAUCCGGAGUCAAUAUUUUAUAAAGGGUUGCUUUUGUUUAAAAGACAUAUUCUUUUGGCUAAUAUUAAAAAUGAUCGUACUGUUGCAUUUUUCACAUCUUUCAUUACUGAAUAUUCACCAUUUGAGGAGCUAGAUGAGAUUAAAAUCAAAUAUAUUAAGAAUUUACCAGAGGCUAGAAUUGCAAAUAAAUUAGUAAGACCUAAAUUUGUAGAUUUAACAAGAACUGAAAAAUUAUCAAUAGUAGAUAAAGAUCAAUUUAAAGGAAAUAAACAAGAAGAAACUCCAUUUGUAAGAAAGAAUAGAUGGGCCAAAAUAUUAUUCAUAAUCUUAUUAUCUACAUUUUUAGUUCCCUUAUGGAUCCCAUUUGUGUUUACAACUUCCACCAUGGUUUCAAUUUACAGUUUUAUUAAAAUUAAAAUUCAUUCAAUUCCCGAAAUUGAAUCUCAUUGGAAUAGAGUAAAGAAUUUUAUUUAUGAUAAUGAGCCAAUUGAUCCAGAAGAUUAUAAAAUGAGUGAAAAACAAAGAGAAAGAAGAUUAGAUUUAGAAAGACAUGAAAGUUUUAAAGGUGAUACUUCUCAUAUAACAGAAAAUGCAAUGGAUAAUGUCUUGUAUGCAGAGGAAAGAUUUAUGAAUAAGAGUAGGAAACCAGGAACUGUUGAAGAAGAUAAUAAUAAAUCAGAAGAUGCAUUGAUUGAAGAGAAAUUAUCCAUUUUAUCUACUCCUACAGAUAAGAAAUUAAUCGAUAUGAAUAUCCAAUCAAAUGAUGAGAUAAUUAAAGAUAUUCAAGUAUUACAAGAUUAUAAAAGCUUCAAAUUAUUUACUGAGGAUUAUAAAUUACCUUUGGAUAUUGGUCGAUUAUACAUUAUCUCAAAUUUGAAUAAAAUUGAAUGGGUCAAGAUCCCUGUGUUUCUUGAUGUUUGGAAUUCUCAUGAUGGGAUUGUUAGUAGAAGAGGUCCAAAGACUAAUCCAAAGGGUGCUGCUACUAUUGGUCUUUGGGUUUCAAUUUUAAGAAAUUAUUUAAAAGAAGAAAAAGAGGAAAUGGAAAAAUUAUAG